UCACGGAGAUAAGUAACGGACAGGUCGGAGGCUGUAGUCGUGUUAGUCAUUCCUUCUCUCGGCGGACGUUAAUAGGACAGCGGGACUCUCUCUCUCCCUCUUUUAAACACCGACAUUUUUUGUGAAUGCUCGUGCAGUUGUGAGCAGACAAGUGGACAAGAUGAUGAUCUCCCCGUGGGACCGCUGGUUCUCCACCAGCUGCUGUCUGUGCUGCCAUGUCCGCACAGGAACCAUCAUCCUCGGGGUCUGGUACAUGCUCAUCAAUGCUGUGGUGUUACUGAUCCUGCUCACAGCGCUCAGUGAUCCUGAGCAGUACCACCUGACCAGCGCUGAGUUGGCUAAUGACCUGGAUGUCAUGGAUGAUGCCAACAUGUGCAUUGCCUCAGCCAUCUCUCUGCUGAUGAUACUAAUAUGUGGGAUGGCAACAUACGGGGCAUACAAGCUGCGUGCUGCCUGGAUCAUACCAUUUUUCUGCUACCAAUUAUUUGACUUUGCUCUCAACACCCUGGUGGCUGUCAGCAUUGUGGUUUACCCAAACACGAUACAAGAUUACCUGCAACAACUGCCUGAUAACUUCCCCUACAAAGAGGAGAUUGCUGCUCUCAGUAAUGUUUGCUUGGUGCUUAUCGUGCUGCUCUUCAUCGGCUCCAUUCUUGCCUUCAAGGCCUACCUGAUAGCUUGUGUAUGGAACUGCUACAGAUAUGUGAGUGGCAGGGGUACUUCUGAAAUCCUGCUCUAUGUCACGACCAAUGACACCACGGUGCUGCUACCGCCGUAUGAUGACAGCGUCAGCGUCCCUCCCAAACAGGCUCCUCCGCCGUACACCACCGCUACAGCAUGAAAAUAUUCCCAGCAUCCUGCUGACUGGACCCUGCUGUUAAUAAACCCCCAGCAAGAUUUAUGCACCACACUGCCUCUCCAGUGUACAGUAUAUUCAUGGAUAUAUUGUAGCUACACAAACAUUACAUCACACCCAUGCAUGCACUGACACAUACAGAAUCAUCUCACACACAUAUGCACAUGCACACAUCUCUACCACCACCGUGACCUCUCAUCCCUUCCUGUUAUUUAUUGAUGAUGUUAUAUUCUUACUGUAGCUCUUCUGUUUCUGUUUCUAUAAUUCCAGAUAUGAUGUGCAUUUCAAUGCAUUUGAACCUGGGUGCAAUAAGGCACUAGAAAGUUUGAUAGAUUCUAUAUAUUUGUAUUAAUUCUAUUUACGCUGUGUGUGUAGCUGUAAAAGUAUUUUAUGUGUCCUCCCUUUGAUAGUCAUAAAUAUCUUAUGCACAAAUGCAAAAAUGACGAUCUUACUGCCCACAGUAAUGAGUGAACUGUCGUCGCUUUGUUUCCUGUUUGUCUUGUGUCUGCUCGUGAUCAGGGUUGGAUUGCCUUUAUUCAUAACUUUCUCUCUGAUGGGGUGCCCUUAAUAGAUCCAUGUGUGAAAUGUCACCUUGACUGGAAGUUUUCCCAAAGAAAUGCAUCUGCCUGUAUUCUGACAUGAUCAAAGAGCAACCUAGUGUAUAUCAAACAUAUCAUCUUCUUUUACUGUUUUAUUCAGCUACAAACAAAAUUGUCUUGUGUUAUAAGAAUCAGGAGUUGUGCUGGUUGACCUUCAUAACUUUUAAAUGUAAUUGUGUGUUUCUACUGGUUGAUGAGAAAUGUCUUGGGCUGCUAUUUAUCUAUUUUGACAGCACAGAAGUAGGACUGAUCUGGAAUCAGUUUGCUCUUUGAAGUCACUUUGAAUGAGUUGUCGAGGGCCCCCAGUGCAUUGACUCUAGAUUGGGCCUCUUUGUUCAGGAGCUCAAUAAAUAUGGACCCUGAAUGUGUUUUUUCAAUUAAACCAAUGGGAGCUUCUGGUCUGUGUAAACACACAAGCCUGCUCCACCAGAUGCAGUUAAUGGCAAGCUGCUUCCUGGACACAAAAUGUCUUGCAAGGACACAAAAUGCAAACCUGAGGGCUA